AUGGUUGGGAAAAAAAAUUAUGAUAGUCCUCAAUUUGAUUUAGGCUCUAUUCGAUAUUCAUUAGCUCAUAUUGGUUAUACAGCAGCAGCAUUAGCUUAUAGAACACCAAAUUAUCUUGAAUUAGCAAUAAAAAUAUUGAAAGAUUCGAUUGAACGUAUGCUAAAUAUCAAAGUAUGGGGAUAUAUUGACCGUUAUUGGAAAAAUGUACAUACAUUUCCUGAUCCUGUUUGCCAUGAAAAUAUAAUGUAUAGUAGUCAUUUAUUGCAAUUAUUGACACUUUAUGAGAGUCUUUCAGGUGAUUUCACAUAUGAUAUGGAUGGAUUCGAUUUCAUAUGGGAUAAAGAUAACGACCGAAUAACUAAAAUACAUUAUAGUACAACAAAAUUAGCAUAUGCUAUUUGUUACCAAAUGAAUGAAGAAUCAUCGGCUGGUGUAUCUUGUGAACCUGAAUGGGUUUAUACUAUAUGUCAAAAUCAUCCACAUAUUGGUUUCAAACUCUAUGAUAUUGUUCGUAAUAAACAUGCUCUAGAAGAUAUACCUAUGUUUAAAGAAGAUCGAUAUUUUAAAAUGUUAUAUUACAGACCUACUCACACCUGGAUUCCAUAUUUUGCAGCAACAGGUAAUGAUGGAUGGGCUUUAGCAUGGAUGUCUUCAUGGUUUGAUCAUAAUGAAACAUCAAAUUUUAUUUAUAGUGGUGGUUAUAUUGGUGAUCGUAUGCAAUUCAGUAAAUGGUUAGCAACAUCAUUUUAUCCAAUUGUUGAAAAACAAUGUUCAAUAGAAGUAACAGAAAAAUUAAAUUGUACUUAUUUAUGGUUUGAUAAUAAUUUUGGAACAUUCUUAGAUACAGAUAAUGAUGGUUAUUUUGAAUCAUAUUAUUAUGAAACAAAUACAAUGUUUUCAAAUUGGGUUACAACAAAUGUAUUAUUAUCAUUGUUAAUGGGUGAAAAUGGAUAUAAUGCAAGAGAAUUUCUACGAAAUAUUUAUAAUACGAAAUUUUAUCAAAAGUUUCUUGAUCAUGAACCAGAAGUUUUAGCUGUUGAAUAUCCAUUGAUACGUGUUAGUCGAGCUCAAUAUGAUUCAAAUAGAAAACAAUUAUUAAUUAAUUUUAAUACAGAAAAAUCAAUGAUUUUAUCAACAAAAUUUGAAAUAAAAUAUCCCAAUUUAAUAUUAAAUGUUUCAAAUAUUACACGUGAUGGUUUCGACAGUGGAUUUACAAUGAAUCAAAUUUCUAAUGAUGGAAUAAGAAUAGAAUAUUAUUAUAGCAGCAUGGAUAAACAAGAAACAGAAUUUAACAUUUUAUUUUAUUAG